AUGCUGGGUGUGCUUUUCCGCGGAGUUUUUCUCAUCGGUGUACUCACCUGGUACAGCACCAGCGUGUGGAAAUUGAUCGACAGCUACUUCAGAGAUCAGUUUCGCAGCUACCUGGAGGAAGAGUCUCGGAGGAAUCCGCGGCUGAGGUCCGACCUGCAGGGUGUCUCAGUCGAUAAAAUCGAUCCCGUUAUCGGCGGAACGGCACCGGAAACGACGGUGGAGCCGCCACGGGAGAUCGUCGAAGUCUGCGGGACGGCGAGCGUGUGUGCGGUCGAAGCUGCAGAAACCGAUUCCACGGCGAACAUGGCGACGAAAGAGGAGGUGGCAGGUGGAGCUAGUGAAAACGUGGCCGCUGGGGGAUCCAUCGAUAAAAAUGCAUACCAGGGAACCGCCGCGGAAUCGGAGCUGGAAAGUAGGAAGUCGUCCGACGACAAACAGGAAUCUCGACGACGCAUUAAUCACGGCGACCGUGACCUCGAGGACGUGAAGAGUGACUAUGAUCGUCGAUCAGUCGAUUUGUCCUCGAAAACCAUCGGAAGAAGAAGGGGCAAAUCUGAGGUGAGGUCCACUAAGGACAGUUCGCGGGAUGUUCAACCCCCUAGAAAGCGAGGCGUGAAGACGAUUACCUUGUCAGAGAAAGACUUUCCGGCGAAGAAUGCUGCUUUGCAGGACGAUUUCUGGGAGUUUGAGGAAGAUGCGGUGGAGAAGGAGCCGUUGGAAGGGAUUUUAGUUUCCGAGUUACCGUUCAGACCGAGGAUUGAUGGUAUAGGGGACGUAGAGAGAGUUACCGCGGAUGAAUACUGUCCCAUGACCUUGGAAGAUGAGGCAUCAUGCGGGGAAACGGUUACGUGGCCUUGA